AAUCUCUUCUCCCUCUUACACCUCUCAUUCCACAUUCUCGGUAGCGUCGCCACUCCGCCCACCAUGAGAAUAUCCUCAAUAGCCCUGCUUUCAUUCCUAUCAACAGCCAUGGCAGCUCCCGUGGUCCGUGGCCCCGGUGGUCGACUUGUACAAGAAGGUGCCGGCUGCACCUUAGUGCAAGGCAGAAGCGUAUGUGACGAUGGAUUCGGAAAUACCUUCUUCGAAGAUGAUCCGUUCUCGUCAAAAUAAAAAAAAUUGAAACGCAAGGAGGAAUGAAAUGAUGAGGCUUCUCACAGUGGAGGAUUGAGACCUGAAUACUUCCGCUUGAGGCGUUGAACUGCAGGAUGGGUGGCUAGUACACCCGGGCCGUAUAAGAUAC